AUGCCUUAUAUGCUCAUCUCAACACAAAUUCGUCUUGAAGUGGGACCCACGUUUGUUGGAGAUGGUUACAGCGAUAAGGGACUUAUGGAAAAACUAAGGGCGAAGCCUUCGCAGCAACUUGGAAAUGAAUUUGUGGAGUACAUGACAGCGUUGGCUCCUCGACAAGUCCUCGAUAUUUUGGAAAGUGAAGGUUGGAAAGUGGUUCAAACGUCUACACUGGUGAAGAUUGCAGCUGGUGGUUUCUUGAUUGGAUCAACAGCGUUAUAUUUGGCUCAAAAGUCUUUACAGCGAAGAGUGCGAAGUCUACCUCAUUACACAGAAUGUCUAGAGAUCGUGGCUAAUCACGAUCGUGCUAGAGAGGCAUUGGGGAAACCCAUUCAAAUCGGCUCAGUUGAUAUAGCCGAUCGGAGGCACAAUUUCGUAGGCAAGACUACAAGUAUGUUGCGAAUCCCGGUGGCAGGAUCGGUAUCAUCUGGUUUUCUGGACGUUAUGGCCAUUAGAGAAAAUGAAAACUCUCCGUUUAAAACAGCGAUAAUAAGGUCCUUUUAG